GUCAUAGACUUUCAUGCAUCAUGGUGUGGACCUUGCCAUCAGAUUGCUCCUACAUUCGAGGCCCUAUCCAAGCAACACCGCAACGUCAAUUUUUUGAAGUGUGAUGUAGAUGCUGCUAAAGAUGUCGCGAGCAUGUAUCGUGUUACUGCAAUGCCCACGUUCAUCUUUCUCAAAGGAGACAGGGAGCUUGAGCGUGUCAAAGGUGCGAACCGAACGUAUGUGGUUUGCGUUUCCUACCCAUCCCCGUGGCGUCCUGAUUUACAAACGCAUAUUCGCUACACGAAGUCAACUUGA